GCAAAAAUCUUCGUGAGAAAGUGGUAAAAGUUACAGUGAAGAAUCCAAAUUUCCAGUGUUUGCUGCCGAUUUUUUUUGUGCCCGCAAACGGCUAUAUAAAUCCUUACGGUUUGUGCGAUCCUGCUCGACAGUUCCGCGGUUCACAGUAUCCCCGCUCGGCUAGGCAGCUACAUCGCACGGAGCGCGCAGUAGAAUUUCCCCCGGGGGUGGCGCUUAUAAGGGUGCCCGUCUGUUGACAGUGAGUGCGCAAACGAACGAAGGCCGUAAGAGGAGCCGUUUUUUUCCUUUGUGAGUCGUAUACUGGAAAUCAGUCAAAAUUAACCCGGAAUCGAGAGUGCGUAAGAUGUCCCUCAACACGGACUCACCGGAUGCGAAGAAGCCCUGCAAGGGCAUCCUGAAAUCGUCGAGUAGCUUCGACAAGCACACAACCGCACCGGUCGCUUCGUCUAGCAACCACCGGAAGAGUGCCAAAUUUGAUGAGCUGAAUGUCCUGCAGACAUACCACCCGGCGGACAAGGACUAUGGUCACAUGAAGGUAGAUGAGCCGAAAACUCCGUUCAACUACGUAGAAGAGCUUGAUCUGGAUCAGCUGGAUGCCGAGCUGCUGGCGGAAAAGCUCCGCGAAGCGGUAAACUCGCGUAGCGAUUCAGUAUCUGAGGAGGAAGCGGAGUCUUCCGAGGAAGAGGAGGAAGAGCUCUCGGAGGAGCAGAAAAAGCGAAAACUGGAUUUCGAACGGCGUCGAAAAGCGCACUACAACGAGUUCGAAGCGAUCAAGCUGGCUAGGAAGCUGAUCGAAGAAGAGCACGAGGAUGACGACGACGAUGACGAAGACGAUGCAUCGCUGGCGCAGGCGGCAGCCGCUGCUGCGGUUAACAGCAGCAGUAAAAGCAGCGACGGACAGAAGAUGGAAGUCGAAGAGCACGACGAGGUUGACCGGAAAAAGGAUGAACCGGCUGCUGGCAGCAGUCGUAGUGCAGCAACUACUACAACAGGUACUGAAAGCAUCCCGGCCGAUGAAGUUUAGGAUUAAAUCUUCCGUUCGCCCCGGCGACAGCAAAUUUUUCUCAUUCGAAUACGCUUGUUUUGAGGCUUUAAGCGUAUCCUCUGGAAUCAAACUGAAAACAAAUUACUUACACAAUUUGGAGAAAAGCAAAACGCUAUAUUGUGCAGAACUAUUUUAGAACCAUAAAGAUCAGUUAAAAGUUGGCAGGAAAAAUAACUGAGUUAAUUAGCGAACUAAUUGCUUUAAUGCUUUUUUUCUUCUCUAUCUAUUUCUUUUCUUUUUUCUCUUUUUUUAAAUGUUUGUUCCAUUGACUAUGCUUGUGUUACUAACCCCGUAGAAGCCCGCCGUCCGAUCGUGGCUUGUGUUGACCCAUACUAUGAAUUCGGCAGUCUGACGGACUCUAUAGCUAUUGCUCCGUCGCGGCGGGUUUCCCGGAAGUCGGUCAUAUCGUCCAUUCUUAUCAUUUCUGCCGUUCUAACUCUCGUGUCUAUGUUUUGUCUAGGGAUUCUGUACAUCUUGUUUUAAGUGUGGGCUUCCGGUUUAAUCCUACAUUUUUACGAUUUAAUUUUUCAACUUACUUUUUAGCGUAAAAAACAGGAAUUCUAACAGCUUCUAUCACAAACAAUAAUACGCUUCAAAUACAGUAUAAAUUUUCUAGAUUUCUAUUCAUGGUUUUAUCUGUCCUAUAUUUUGCAAUGCGCUUUUACCGAGUCACGCUCGAGUCGGAAUUUAAACAGUUGUUGGAAGAUUUCAUUAUCAGAAUGCAGAACAUUAAACUUUACUUCCUUUUAAAGCAAACUAAGUGCAGAGACGAAACUAAUCUGGUAGCAAAUAGUUCCUUUUAUGAGUGUCGUCGCUAGUGUUCGAUGCGGUUCAGUUCCACGCACCGGAAUCGGACAGCACGCAACAGAAUUCCGGAAUCGAAAUCGAUCAUACAAGGCAAGGUUUUUGUUAGAUAAAUUUAAAGAUCGUUGGAUUUGAACGCAGAAACAAUGUAUACUGACCAUUUCACUAGAAUGGGAACGAAAAUACUCGCUUAUUUUGGCUUUUAAAUGUAAUUAUGAUCAAAAAAUUGAUCAGCAAAAGAAGAAAAAAUUAUCGGAGGUCUUCCGGCGUAAAUUGUAACAAUCCUUUUUCAUCCUUGCUUUUGUAUAAUCAAUUCGGUCGGAAUGCUGCAUGCAUGCAACGCGCAACGAUCCGAGCGAGUUUCUCUGGCUGUACUUGUGUAGACUAAAAAGAUCAAAAUCCAACGCCGCCAGAACAGCUUUUAUAUGUUGCCUGUCGCCUGUCGUUAGAAUGCUGCCCACAAUGCAGCAAAGAGCAUAGCGUUUUUUUUAACUUUCAAGCAAUGUAAAAAACAUGUGCUAAAAAAUCAAAUAAAAAUUGUAGUAAACGCAAACAACUGCAGUCAGCCAAACAACGUUUUAAAAAUGAUAGUUGAUGAUGUUACUGAUGAACUAACCGAGCAACAUCAAGCAAGUGAAGCAAUCCAAAACAAUUUACUAACGCGCUGUAACGUUAUUUAGAGAAAAGUGGUUUAUCCAUUAGAAACCCAAGCAAGUCGUAUAUUAGCUAUCUAUAUUAGGGUAGAGUGAACCGUAAGUUAAGGAAAAAUUUAAAAACAGCAUCAAAAUAGUGUUUUUAACAAGAAAAAAUAUUAAACAAAGAAUGUAAUCAAAAGAAUAACAAAAUAAAAAUCUGAUAGGAUAAAAUCUUUACCCCUGACGAAAGUUUCGUAUCGGAAGCCAACCGCUUCACAACCUCCAACAGAAACAGAAGUAGAAGAAGAAGUUGGCCAAUCGUAUACAUUUAACAACCGACCCCCUCCCCUCACUCAUUCGGGAGAAACCCGAACGAUUGUGCAGGCACGGAUGACAUUAGAAUUAAAAAGUUAAAGAACAUGUUUUCCCGCAAACCUACCUGUUAGUUGUUGCAGCAACAGUUGGCUUCGCUCCGGAUACGGUGGUCCUUCCUCCGGCCGCGAUUUUUUCCAGCACAAGUAAAAAACUGAGCACCUAACCUCCUUUCUUUCCCGAACAACAACAACAACAGAAUAUGCAGCCCCCCCCCCCCGAAACAGGGAGGAUAGUGAGUAGAAUUUUAACGUUAACUAAUUUAUUACUUUUGUAAGUCUUUUGCGAAUGUAAAGCCGGGUGAGCGGAAAAAAGCAGAGGGAAAGGGUCAUCAUCAGGCACUUCUAUCAGAGCUAAAUGAUUAUUGAGACACUGUUUAGAUGAUGCUGAACUGAGGGAAGAAGAAUGUGCACUAAAUUUACAUAUUUAUUUAUGGCCUACUUUGGUUUUUGUCCAUUGACAAGCUUCUCUCGUUGAAAAUUAAAACAAAACAAAAAAACACGUGUUGUUGGCUGUUGUAAUUCAGCUAGGAGUAAGCAAAACAAAAAAAAACUAAAUAAGAAUGGGAGGAAGUUAUAUCUGACGGAAUCGACGAAUAGUUGCUAACCAAGAAACGUGUGAGAUACUGAUAACAGAUAGAACAAGAUGUGUGAGCUAAUAAUAAUGGUUAUAAUUAGAGGCAGAGCAAAAACUAUUGAGUAAUAAAAAAUCUAAA